GUUGUUGGGUUGGACUUGGUGGAUGACGAAAGCAAGCCUGAAAGACGCCCUACAAAACACAUGCCAACUCCAGCUCAAUGGAUCAAUAUAUUCAAUCCUGCAUUUUCAUAUUAUGCAUACUAUUGUUAUGCUAACCUCCACACCCUGAACAAGGUCUUACUCAUUGUAUUUGAGAAGUAGUAAUAGUUAUUUCAGUGGCAGCAUUGGCUUUAGCUUUACUCAGAUGUAUCUUCAUUCUUAGACUGGUUUAGGUGUUUUCCAUUGAUCAUUUUGGUUGCUUGUUCUAACGGUGCUUGGUAACUUACUUUCUUAAGAAAGAAAUUGGUAAAUGUUACUCUUGGUUUGUUUUUUGGAAGAAGGGAAAUAUAAAAAAGAAAUAUAAUUAGAAUGGUUAUCUAAGGAAGUUUUUUAAAUGCAUUUUAUUCUUUUGUCUUGCAUUUUUAUAUGUAAAACAGAAAGAGUUAUUUUCAUAUGGAUGCCUAUUCAUUUGUUUCUUGUGCUAUAAUCUAAAUGCCUG